CUGGUCUGGUCUGGUCUGUCGAGGCAGGCAGGGCUGACGGCUGACCAACUAGAACGGUGUUUCUUGUGCGACACGGCCAGCAGCAGUAGAGCGGCACCUCCAUCAAUCAGCAACGAGCCCAAGCAAACUUCCACAUGUAUUGCGCAUCAAGUAUAUAGUCUGCCCCAAUGACCCUGUGCGGAGUGCCGUGAGGGAUCGUCGUCCAACACAGCAGUCGCUAUCCACACGCCGUAAUGUCUUAUCCAUCGAGUAAUCACUGGCCCUUUGAUGGACCUUCUUUCAAUUUCUUACCUUGGAAUUACAAUCCGAACGCCGACGAGUCGGACUCUCAGUCCCAGCAGCAAGCUACCAAUCCACCCAUUCCAGCCUACUAUCCACCGCCAUACAACUUCUCUUCCUCUUCGUCUUCAUACCCGCGACUGCCUCUGCCGAGCUAUACACAACCAAGGAAUCAUUCGACGACGGGACAUUCCCGACCGCAACAGCUUUCUACCCCAUCCGCCUCUCUGCACGCCGCUCUGAGGGAAGGCGCCGAUUUUCUACCACGAGCUUCCAUUCUUCCCCGUCUACCUCCACUUCCUCGUGUCCACUCUGCCUCGACUCAGCAAUCCAGCUUUGGCUACAUCCCGAGCCACUUCUUCUAUUCACCACCUCAGUCGCCCCAGGAAAUCGACCCGGAGACACACACGACCGCUACAAAUACUACACAUCAACCUGCAGUAUCCUCGUCCCCCCAAACCGUUGCUGGCCCAUCGUUCACCAAUCAAUCGACCGAUCCCUCCAUAGCCAAUCCUCUCACACACCCUUCACCCGCCAAUCAGUCGACCUCUCGAUUCGACAACGAAUCUCUUGCUGGUGCUUUCAGAAGUGGUCCGUCGUUCUCACACCACCAGAACCCUGUCGAACAACCACACAUGAAAGAGGAGGACACCGACAUAAUGCUUUCCUCAACUGCCCCCCGCAAACGUCCACGCCCUUCGUUUUCCGGGACGCCACCAUCUGCGACCAAGCGUCGACUGAACCCUUCCGCUCCGAUAGAGUUAGACGACACAGACGAAGACGAAAUAGAAGAGUUGGGCCCUGACAACGAUAUUCUUGCAAAAGAGCGCGAGGCCUUGGUCACUAAACAACGGGAAGAGAGUAGCAAAGUCAGCAGGAUAGGAGACUUGAACUGCAUGAUCUGCCUUGAACAUUUCACCAACAUGACUGCUACGCACUGCGGGCACAUCUUCUGUCAUGAAUGUUUGACACAGGCUUUGAUAGCUAGUCAGCGCAGUUCGGAUCACAACUACGGCACAUGUCCAGCAUGUCGUAAACCGAUCAAGCCAAAGGGAAAGACUCAGAUCGUUCCUCUAGCUCUGAUGAAGGCGAGGAAGAAGAAGUGAUUUCAUUCGUUUGGUAGCGACCUGGAUUGUAUUUACAGGGUUUUGGCGUCUUUUGGACAAACAUGGUUUCUAGCUUUAUACCCACUCUCUGUUCAUGACCAUAGCAACUGUUCAGGCAGUUGAUCAAAUUACCAUGCAUUAUGCACAUCAUGUCUCGCAUCC